AUGGCGGACUCCGACAGCGACUACGCGAGCGACGACGAAUCGACGAUCGACGAGAGCGAGUUCACGUGCGAGAACCCGGAUGUGGUGACGAAAUAUAAGAUCGCGGCGGACUGCGCGAACGCGGCGAUGAAGGAGGUGCGCGCGGCGAUCGCGGUCGGGGCGAAGGUUGUGGAUUUGUGCGCGCUCGGCGACGCGGCGAUCGAGCGAGAGACGGCGAAGUAUUACAAUAAAAAGGAUAAGGAUGGGAAUAAGGUGGAGAAAGGGAUCGCGUUUCCGACGUGCGUGUCGAUCGAUAACUGCGUGUGCCAUAACUCGCCGGACGCGAGCGAUGCGAAGACGAUCGAGGACGGGGCGAGCGUGAAGAUCGAUUUGGGGGCGCACGUGGACGGGUACGUGGCGACGACGGCGACGACUGUCGUCGUGGGCGGUAAACCGGUGACGGGGGCGCAGGCGGACGUGAUGAAGGCGGCGGAGUUGGCGAGUGAAAUCGUCAUUCGUAAGCUCAGGCCGGGGGCGUCGACGGGGGAAAUCGGCGGCGUCAUCGAGGGCGUGGCGAAGGAUUUCGGCGUCAACGUCGUCGAGGGCGUGAUGACGCAUAACAUGAAGCGUUUUAUCAUCGACGGUAACAAGGUGAUUCUGAACAAGUCUACGCCGGAGAUGAAGGCUGAUCCCGAGGAGAUUGAGCUCUAUGAAGUCUACGCGUUGGACAUUGUCAUGUCGAGCGGCGAGGGCAAGCCCAAGCAAAGGGACGAGAGAGAAACCAAGGUUUACAAGCGCGCCAUCGAAAAGAACUACCAGUUAAAGAUGCAAGGUUCGCGCGCGGUUUUCUCGGAAAUCUCAAAGCGAUUCCCCACCAUGCCCUUCACCGCGCGGGCGUUGGAAGAGAAGCGCGUCAACUUUGGCCUCGUCGAAUGCUGCAACCACGGGUUGUUGCACGCCUACCCGGUGCUUUACGAAAAGGAUGGUGCCGCCGUCGCGCACGUCAAGAGCACGUUCUUAGUGUUGAAGAAGGGCAACGAUCGCAUCACGACCUUUGAGCCGCAAGAGGUGCAAUCGGACAAGUCGCUUAGCGACAACGCGUUGGUCGAACUCAUCGCGACCGAACUCAAGCCGAAGCCCAAGCCCAAAAAGAAGAAGUGA